AUGCGGGGACUGCCGAUCUCAAACCAGCCUGAGAAAAUUCGGACUGCUGUGUACCACUACAUCACUCGAUGGAAGCUCAAGAAGGCAGAUACGAAGCUGGUCGAGACCAGCCUGUUCUUUGACGGAGCAGCAAUCGGCCGCAUUCUACUCCUGCGGGGUCUAUUCGCAGGUGGUAUCCUCGCUUUUGCUCUGGGUCAGAAGAGAUGGAGAGUAAACUAUGGAAUCGAUCCGCACCGUGAGACUGGGACCAAGUUGGCUGUCCCUUUUCGCGCCAAGGAUAGCCCAACGCCACGAUCAGAGUUCAGCCACCCUGACGUGGUGAUUACCCUUACUUGCCUGAGUUACUACUACGGUGGCCUGGACGAAGAAGCUCUAUUCUCUGCCUUUUCAAUUCUUACCAAAUCUGACAAUGCCAGGGUGGAAUACCAUGAGUGGACCAGAACCGCUCCGGACCUGCCAUUAUCGUUCAGAACCUUAGAAGGGGUCAAUUUGCGAGAUCGGGCCCAGUUCAAAAAAGAGAUAUAUCCCCGCCUUUGCUUCUCUAAGUCGGCGAUCGAUUACUACCUGAGCCACCUGGUUUUCAGUAAGGAGGCGAAGGAGUUUCCGCAUAAAUUGUCGGCGUCAGGCUGGGAUCUAGCCAAGAUUAAAGACAAUCCUACCACUGGGUUUAGCGGGACCAAUGAUUCAAGAUAUGUUCUCCCUACGGAUAUCAUGCAACUAGACCUUCCGGAGCAGAAACACACCAAUGCGCUCGUCCUUAGCCAUCUCUUACAAUCACAAAAUGGGGUCGCUUUAGUGCCGCAGGAAGCCAAAGGUACCCCAUUCAACAGCCGGAUGCUUCUAGAUAUGAUAUCGGGAAUGAACACGCAGACACGUGUGAUCUUAGAUGUUGGCGCUCAGGUAAUUGACCUCACUAACCUAGAGUUUGCAAAACAGUGGCUGGCUCGUUAUCAGCAUGAUGACAACACCCUAGCAGUCGUCUGUUUCAAUGAAGAUGACGAGAUUAUUGUACUCGAUCGUUCAGGCAAAGUUGAAGAGCUUGAAACGUCACCAUUUGCUGAACAUAUGGAUCGAUGCCUUGUCUUUCUAGAUGAGUCGCAUACCAGAGGGACAGAUCUCAAGCUCCCCCCAAACUACCGCGCAGUAGUCACAUUGGGUGCCGGUUUAACAAAGGAUCGACUGGUUCAGGGUAUGUGGAAACAAGAUCCUGCUAGAAUUUUGCUAAUCCUUUUGCAGCUUGUAUGCGAAUGCGGAAACUCGGGAAAGGACAAAGCGUAGAGUUUUGCGUGCCGUGGGAGAUUGAGUAGAAGAUCAUCCGCUUAAAGCCUCAAGAAAAAGCUGCCAGACGUGGGAUCGCCAUAUCUGACGUUCUCAGUUGGGUCAUUACCGAAACGUGUCUUGAUCUGCGUAAUGCGAUUCCCCUAUGGCUCAAUCAGGGUGUUCGAUUCAGUAGACACCAAG